UGGGAAAAUUGAGGACCUUUGAAAUACAAUUGGACAAAUGAAGAGGGUGUAUUUUCUCCUGGGGAAGCCAUUCGCGGAAAAGUAAUUGUCAAUUUGGAAAGCAAGAUGAAAAUACAUGAAGUGUUACUAACAUUCAAGGGAAAAUCGCGUGUAUCAUGGACAGAAAUUGAAGAGAAGCGUGGUCGCAGGGAAGAGAACGAUAAAAGCCGGAAAGUGAACUGCACUGCAAAGGAGCAAUAUUUUAAAGACACAAAAGCUGUAUUUGGAAGAGACAAUGGAGAUGAUGAUGUGGACUAUCUAAACGGAGGGCAGCAUAUUUAUCCUUUCUGGUUCAGUCUCCCGCUACAUCUACCCUCUUCAUUCGAGGGAACACAUGGAUAUAUCCGGUACACGAUUAAAGGAACCAUAGACAGACCCGGCGAGAAGCAUGAUUUUAAAACUGUCACACCCUUCACAGUUCUUGAGAAAGUGGAUUUGAAUAAGGAAGCAUUGGCAACAAAUGUUGGCGAAGCGAUGGAUUCCAAAUUCCUGUGUUGCCUGUGUUGUAAAUCCGGCCCUGUUGCAGGAACAUUGAAAAUUAAUCGCACCGGAUAUGUUCCAGGAGAGGCUAUUUAUUUUGAAGGCAGUGUCCAGAACAGCACUACCCGUGUGUGCAACAUGUAUGCAGAACUGCAAAUGGUCACAACUUACCAUGCGUCAAAGGAUAAAUCACUAGUUGAAAUAAAAUCAAUCAAUCGUAUUGAACACGAUGAUGUACCUCCGGGUCAGUCAGACGUUUGGAGUGGAGAUAAAUUCGUGAUCCCUCCUUUGGCACCAUCGUAUCUAAAGGAUUGCGACUUGAUUAACGUCAAAUACUUUGUGAAGCUUAUCAUUGAUCCAUCUGGACCAGCUUUGGAUUUGCAUCUCCCAGUUGAAAUCAUCAUAGGCACAAUUCCACUGAAGUCAGCGGGCGAGUCUUCCACGACAGAGACGCCUGCUACAUCCUACGGUGAAUCGGUCUGGGGAUCAACUAAUAUUAAAAGUGAAAAAGAUGGAGAGGACACACUGGGAAAAAUGGAUUUUACUCCAAAAUACGCUUGUUACUCAUCGUCUUAAACGGAUUUUUUUUUUGAAAUUAAAUAUCCUUGACGUCACAAUAGAAAUAUCAGCUUCUAGGGCUGAUAUAGAUUUUACAGGGCUGAUACGGGUUUAUUUCGGACACUUUUGAGAUUGAUACUUCAAAAAAAAAAAACUAUU